UCUCGGCGUUGCAGGGGUUCAUCUAGGGUCCAUUAAUGCAGAAAUCGUUCAUUCGCUCGUGUUGUAUAGGAAAACAAAAGACAAUGAGAAAUUUAAAGGUCCAAUGGAAGAGUGUAUGGGGUGGGAGAUGUCCAAUGAAUAUACUAAGUCAGAGUAA